AUGAAGCAAGCCACCGUCAUCCUCGUGGCGAUAGCCAUAACGGUAGCUCUCGCUCCGACAGCCAUAGGAGACAUAGGCGGAGGCCGGAAGAGCCGAUUCCUGGCGGCGACGGACGCGAACGGCAAGAAGAAGUGUAGCAUCGAUCCUUCUGCCUGUUACAGCGCCGGGAGCCCGGGGCAGCGCUGCUGCGGCGACCAGUGCGUCGACACGGGCAGCGACCGCUUCAACUGCGGCGAGUGCGGCAGGCUGUGCAAGUUCACGCAGGCGUGCUGCGGCGGCAAGUGCGUCAACUUGGCCGUCGACAAGAAGCACUGCGGGAGCUGCUUCAACCGGUGCAACAAGACCUGCUUAUAUGGGCUGUGUGACUACGCUUAA